AACAUGAGUGGGGAGGCACACGCACACACACGCACACACACAUACAUAGUGCACACUUGUGAAAAAGUAGCUUUGACAUAGAGACCAAAGGAAGAACAUGAAGAAUGUAAAACUUUGAAAGAAAGAUUUUUUUUCAUCAGCUUGAAGGCCAUAAAGGGACUGACCGGUGAGACCAGCAGAGUUUUAUUUAGGACUGCUCACCAGCAGCUGUCGUGAAUGUGUGUGCACGUGAGCUCGAGCACGUUUGCCUGGACUCUUCUGGACUUCUUCUGAUCGCACAACAUUGUCUGGAAAUCACUGUCAGAAUGACUCUCCAGUGGACAGCUGUGGCUUUCUUCCUCUAUGCAGAGAUAUUUGUCAACGUCAUCUUGUGUAUACCUUUCAUAUCAGCACAGAGAUGGCGUUUGGUAUUCAACUGGAGAAUAUGGAACUGGUUAUCUCCAUACUGGAACAAAUGCUUCUUUACUAUGAUCAUGGUCCUUAUUGUUCUUUUCCUCGAUGCUGUCCGUGAGGUGCAGAAGUACUCAGGUCCUGAGCCCAUGCAAGAUGCCAAGGUGAACCCAAAUCUGUUCGACCACCUCCACAUGAAGCUGUUCAGAGCUCAGAGGAACCUCUACAUCUCUGGGUUCUCUAUCUUCCUCUGGCUUAUCAUGCGUCGAGUUGUCACACUGCUAAACCAAGUUGCUACCACCAUGGAGAACAGUGCAGGUCUUCAGGCACAGAUGGACAGCGCUGUCAAAGCAGCCAAGCAGCAUAAGGAGGACAACCUGAUACUAAAACAAGCUCUCCUAGAUGAUGAAAAAUCCAUGUCAACAAAAAACCAGCAACUGAAGCUGGAGGUUGAGAAGCUGGCAGGUCAACUGAAGGCUGCAGAGGAGGCUGUGCACAAGUCUCACGCUGAAGUAGAAGCCAUGAAGAGGCAGGCCAAGGGGCUUGCACAGGAGUAUGACAGACUACUGAGCGAACACCAUCAACUCCAGAAUCUUCAGAGUGUUGAAGACAAAAAGGAUCAGUAACCAACAGGAAUAUAAUUUCAACAGGGUGUGUGCUGUAUGCAAUUGGCCACCAGAGGCCAUAUUUGUCUCUUACAACUGUCAUUUUCCUCUGAAGUUUGGACUUAGGUGUAUUUUUUUAAUUGAUAGGAGUAAACCAACGGUAGGCAACAGGUUUUCAAAUAAUAAAACAUCUUUCUAAACUCUGUAUCAUGAACAUAAUAUAUGUCUUUCUGCAUGUUACUCACAUAAAAAAAUGUUUUCUCAUUUUGUCUCAGGGGCUCAUGCUUAUUGCUACAUUUUGCUAACAUUUAAUAAUGAUUUAUAUUUGACAAGUACUAAGGCAUCUUAUCUUUCUUUAGAUUACACACUUUUUAUCCAGACAAAAGCAGUUUUAUUAAUUUUAAAGUCCAAUGCUACUUGAUAAUUUUAUUAUUUCAUAGAUGAUGUCAAUUGUAAAGAAAAGAAAUAUUCUCACAUUGUUUUUUCUUUCUUUUCUAACUGGCAUGUAUGAUAUCUAUGAUAAAGGAAUGAGCAAGAAAAAUAAACAAACAAAACCUCGGA